AUGCGUAACAGAAAUUAUAAUAUAAACAUUUUUAAUGAAACGACAUUUACGCUUCAUCGUUCUUACCAGAGAUUAAAACAUGGAAAAUGGCUAACAUGGCUUCCGGAGAAAAUUUCUCCAGGAACGAAUGUGACGAUACAGUUCUCUUCAAACCAUUCCAUACAUUCGUAUUCACUCUAUCUAAGUUACGGGGUAGUCCUUGGAAAUGUUAAAUAUAUAUUGGAAAUAAAAUCAAGUAAAACAUCUAAUGGCUAUAAAUUCGUUUCAGAAUUUAACCCUUGCGAAAAACCGGAAUAUGAAAAAAAUGACAAUCCACUCACGUAUUCAGAUUAUACUACGAGUAAUAACAGUAUUUGUAAGGUCUACAAGGAAAUUCUAGAGGUUUCAAAAUCAUCUCCAAUAGACCAGACAACCGUUUGCACCUAUAUUGUACGCAUUCAGGAAAGUAAAGAGGGUGCAAAGAUUAUAAACGAUUGUCGUGAUAGGUUGAGGAAUAUAGUUCUGAAGAAUGGGAAUCCCUUCGACGGAAAAGAGAUUAUUACAAAUUAUUCACAAUAUAUAGGUGAUCAACCAUAUGAUUCUUCACUGGAUUUUUCAUGGGAAUAUAGGACUUCAGACUGGAUUGACAUAUUAAGAAAGUCACAUCGCUCCAUUUUAAUAAGAAUCGUCAAUUUAACCAGUAAGCAUAUGAAAUUAAUUUUACCUUCAAAUGAUUUUACAAAUAAUCCCUUGACAGGAGAAGGUAUUUGGGUUGAAUAUCCAAAUGAGGAGAUUCCAAGUUUAUGUGGUACUAGUUUUGGAUGUAAAUGUAAUGGAUUCUUUGGGGAAAUAUCUGGAAAAUGUACAUAUACAGUUCUAGGUGAAUCUGGCACUUUUGAAUUUAGUUGGGAACAGUCAUCUGUAGGAUCUUUACAUCUAAAUGCAGCUCAUAGUUCCAAUUCAUAUACGAUUGUUAAGCAUGUAGAAUCACUAAACGAGGCGGUUGCCAUGAUUCACAUAAUGGAUCUAUCACAUCCACCUCUAAAAAUUUUGGUAGCUAGAGCUUUAUCCCCAGUCUACGUAAAACAUAUUGAUAUUAAAGCAUUACCAAGGGACCGGAUGGGGGAGGUUAUAUUUGAUCUUAAAUCAUCCAAGAAAAAUAUCUCAACGGAUUCCCAUUCCGAUGAGACAAAAAAUCUGGUGAUAACGGACUUUUUGGUAAAAUACUACAUUAAUUCAUUAGAUCCUGACAAUAGAAAGGAAAAUUACGAUUUUCUUAUUAAAUCUCCCAGAACGUUUUUUGAUCACAUCCAUUCCAAAAACACAAAUUCUCCCAUAAAUAAAAUAACAUCCGACUAUUUUAUAUAUCUGGAGUGGAUUAUAGGGCAUGAAAGGUUUUACAAAGUUUAUAAUCCAAAUGAAAAGAUGUGCCUAGAUUCGUCCAUGGUUGGAGGUAUUCCGGACAAGCAAGUCAUUAUGAAUUCUCAUUUAAUAAAUAUUACAUUUAAUGAGGCAGAAAUUCUUACAAAAGUAAAACAAAUUGAAAGUAAAGGUAUUUUAAAUCAUAACCCUCUAAUAAAUCUUUCAAACACCUCCCUGAUAACAAAUGAAUUUGGUGGAUCAAAUUCUCCAAAAGUACGCCCAUUUCUACGAAAUUUGAGUCAAUCAGAAUUGUUGGAGGUUGUUCUAAUGAUAUUUAAUUCAUUUUGCGACGGUUUUCAACCAUUUAUUGAAAAAAAGAUGGUCAAAAAGUUUGGGGUUGAUUGGUUAAAAAUAUGCAAAAUACCACACGGGCAUAUCUGGAGGAACGAUGAUUCUGUUCGCAUUGAUAUAGAAGGGUUAAUAUAUAUAGUUACUGCGUACUGGAUGGAACUUUUUGAUGAGAUUUUUGGUGAAUCCACUAUUUUACACACUAUUCAGGUCAUUCUUCAAUUUAAUAAUAACACACAUUUAGACUGCUGCAAUUUACUGGGCUAA